UAAGAGAGGGAAAGCAUCGGUAGAAUUAAAAGCCUGUCAAGUAAUGAGGUGUCUUAAGAUACUAGGUUUUCUGGUGGUCACGCUACUGGAGACCUUAAGGUAUACUCACGCGAAACUGACUGUAAUUUUUUUUAGUUUGGACCGUCAUAUUCUCUUCCAGUCCCAGUAACAUAUCUCUGCUCAAAUCCGAUUUUCUUUUAAAAGUGCGUACACAUGAAGCCAAUACCUCUUGAUCACCUUAAUACACUGAGAAACUACACUCAUCUUUGCAUUUUCAUCUUACGACAUUCAAUAGUCUCUGACUAUACGUUUUUUGUUUUCGUUCUUAUUCUAUCCGUACGGCUUGGGUACAGGUGGCAUGCUUACUUAAACUAUUACACAGUAAAAUUUAUUCCUAUACUGAUGACAAAUGCCCCUUUCGACAAAUACGUGAGUUGUAUUUACGAUAUUUAAAUAGGUCAAAUGAUAGGUUUUCUAUUCUUCUGCUUUCUGACCUUCUACGUUUCAGUUGUUUAUCUUUAUGGGUCAGCAUUGGUGGCUUCAUGUAUAACCAUUUUUCCUUUCUGGGCUUGCCAUCAGUUGGUAAGCUUAGUAAGGUCUGAAAGUGUAUCGGCCAAGAAUCUAACAUGGACCAAGUAUAUAAGUGGUGAAUGUCUAGUACACUCCAAGAAGAAGAAGAUAAUCUGCAGCUUUCACAGUGUCUUCUAGACGAGUUAAGUCAACAACUCUUACCAUAUGGUUUUGAUGCAUCACCUUUCUUAUCCGGUUGGUAUAAUGCAGCUGUUAGUCGAAAAGUUCAACUAGGCAAAGAUCUAACCGCCUAUGAUGAUUGUCUUUGCAUUUGUCUCAUCAGUAAUCCUCAAAUGUUUGAAAAAACUUUUAUACCAACUAUUUGUGAAUGGUUUAAACAGUCAGAGGGAGAUUCAUUUGAGGAAGUAUUAAAACGUAUGAGAAGUAAAUUCUCACGAUUUAAAUUUCCACCUGGUUCAAGUGAUCCUUUUGAUUGGGCAGUUUUUAUUCGAUUACAAAAAGUAUUAGAAAUUUGCAUUGCAAAUAUCAAAAGUCAAUUGCCUUCAAAUGAGUUGGACAAAUUUGAUGGUGCACAGUGGAUACCAGAUUAUGCGAUAAGAUUAGUUACUCGACUGCCUUAUGUUCAUGUACAGACAGCUGGUCAUGUAUCCGGAAUGGCGUAUUUUCAUCAACCUAGUGAAAUGAUUAAACAACGUUCACGUGAACAAACAGGACAACCUUAUUGUGGAGUUAGCUUACAUCCAAAAUAUGGUGGUUGGUUUGGAUUUCGUGGUAUUUACAUUUUUCCAAAUUUACGUUGUCCAAAUUUACCCAAAUCAACACCCCUGUCGUAUUUUACACCUUCAACAAAUGAUGGAUUCAAUUCAUCAGGGAAUAAUAAUAGCCAAUUAGAAGCUUUACUUUAUGAAUAUAAUGAAUGUUGGAGUGACAAUAAAUGGAGAGAAUAUAAAUUAUUCAAUGAUAAUAAUAAUAAUAAUAACAGCGAUUGUAAUCAUCGUUAUUCUAAUGAUGCUAUACUGUAUUUUUCAACUGAACCAUCAGAACGUGUAAAAUUUGUUCAACAAUGGUUUAACCGCUAUUUAACUAAUGCUACUCCAAUAAUGUGUACUAUUGAUAAGGAUUUAUGACUAGUAUACCGUGUUCUGCAUAUUCUAACAAGAUCUUGAUUCGCUAAGUAACAACUUCACUUCCGAAAGAGCAUGAGGACGACGACGAAGUUGGGGGGGGGAAUCAGUGUACAUUAUUAUUAUUAUCAUUUCCUUUAAUUCCUAGAAGAGCAUACGGCUUCAGCCGCGCGUCUCCUUUGCCUUCUGUUUUCUGCCAACUUUUUCACCCCGCUCCAAGUCUGCCCACACGCUUUCAUCCCUCUUUUCACAUGACCUCCUCCAAGUCACCCCACCAUCGCACUGACGACCAACCCGCCGCUUCCCUUUCGGGUUCCACUCGAGCAAUGGCUUGUCUAGUAAUGUCACUUGAUGGGUUUUUUUCUCAGAGUAUGACCAGCUAAUCCAUCUCUAUUUCUUCUUGCCUAUUUGUUGUACAAUCGGUUCCUGCUGAGUUGGUUCGCUCAUUGCCAGAGAUCCCUGUUGUUGAUCUUUUCUGGCCGGCUGGCCAUCUGAUCUUGAGUAGCAUUGAGCGAAGACAACUGUUAAUGAAGGUCUGUAGUUUGUUUGAGGUGCUGUUUCUGACGCGCUGGCAAAGUCUCUGAUCCAUCCGUAUAGUGAGUAGCACUGACUGUACAGUAUGAAGGCGAUAAAUGGUAGGAUAGAAACAAAUUAUUUUUCUUCGUGUUAUUCAAAAUGUUCUAUUUUCAAGUGAAGCUCCUCGAUGUUUUACCGUUAUAUACUAGGAUUGGUAUUGCCUACACAAACAAACAAACAAACACGCACUCACUCACUCACUAUUCGGGGAUUUAAAAUUAUAACCCUCCUUCUUCUUAACAAACAAAACAUGAUUUCAAUUAUCAAAAUUCAUUGCAUAUGUAUACGCUGACUACUAAUGAAGUGAGUGUUGUUGGGUUUCGAUGUGGAAUAACUCUCACUGCUUGUAACACAAUUUCAUUGUCAUGACUGUUUUUUUUAUCUUGUAUUUUACAGUCGCCUAUAAUGGCAUUUACUAAUUACUAUCCUGUAUUAUUAGCCUAUUUUAAAAGAGUAUAUCUAUAAUGUAAACCUGAUCGAUAAUUUGUUUUCAACAUAAAUAGAAGAAACAUUGACGCAAAAUAAUCUGGAUCCAUUUUAUUUAUGUUGGUUCUCAGCACUCUGAUGACUCGCCCCUUAGUAACACUCUUUGUUGUUUUCUAAUUUUGUUAAAUUAUCGUUUCACUCCACCCCCUCCCUCCCGUUUAUUUUGUUUUUCGCUUGACUAUCUUGAAAGAGAGAUCAUUUUUCUUGAUCUUCUGAGUUCUGCUCAGUGUAUUAUUACAUCAUCAACUUCUCAUCUGACCUCAUUUUGAUCUUUUCUUAUCUAAUUACGUAACUAUUACUAAUUAUCUUUUGUUACCAUGCCAACAGCACACCUGUUAAUUAAUUUUUUUCAAGAAACUUCUCUCUACCAAGAUAUAUAUAUAUAUAUAUAUAUAUAUACGUUGUAACACUUUAGACACCUGAAUCGCGACGCUCUAUUUCACUAUGACGCUCUGAUAAUAUCCUUGCUAGUGGAUAAAAGUUUGUUAAAAUUGUACACAUUUUUAUUUUAUUAAAGAAUUCAGGUUGUACACAGCUGCUGAUGAGAACCGACGAAAUAAAAUGGAUCCAGAUU